GGCCUCUCACUAACGGAGCGCUGAGUAGUGAUCCUCACAUUGGAUGGUAGUUGUCUGUUUCACGGUUUACAGGCUUUUCUUAAUAUCUGAACGAUUAGUUUUUCGUUUGAUAGUAAUAACUUCGGAGUAACUAUAGGUGUUUAGGGGGGGCUGGAUAGUACAUUUGGUGGAAGACUGUGAAUAGCCUGUCGUUGGUUAGUUUGAUACGUUAGCAGUAGCCAUGUCGGGUGUAGUGCGAGGCCCCGCUGGGAACAAUGAUUGCCGAAUCUACGUAGGGAAUCUACCACCAGACAUUCGCACUAAAGAUGUCGAGGACGUGUUCUACAAGUACGGGACUAUCCGAGACAUCGACCUGAAGAACCGCAGAGGAGGCCCGCCGUUCGCCUUCAUCGAGUUUGAAGAUCCGAGGGACGCUGAUGAUGCAGUCUACGGGCGUGAUGGGUACGACUACGAUGGCUACAGAUUGCGGGUUGAGUUUCCAAGGAGCGGCAGAGGCUCCAGAGGUGGUUAUGGAGGAAUUGGUGGCGCACCCAGGGGCAGAUAUGGGCCUCCAUCCAGACGCUCGGAGUACAGGGUCGUUGUGUCAGGUCUUCCUCAGAGCGGCAGCUGGCAGGACCUGAAGGACCACAUGCGCGAGGCGGGUGAUGUCUGCUACGCCGACGUUUAUAGAGACGGAACCGGAGUAGUAGAGUUUGUGCGCAAAGAGGACAUGACCUAUGCCGUCCGAAAACUGGACAACACCAAAUUCCGCUCCCAUGAGGGAGAAACUGCUUACAUUCGUGUGAAAUUAGACGGUCCCCGCAGCCCGAGUUAUGGAAGAUCCCGCUCCCGCAGCCGGGGCAGCAGAAGCAGGAGUCGCAGUCGCAGCGCCAGCCGCAGUCGGAGCAAUUCACGUGGUCGCGGCCGAGGAUCUCCCCGCUACUCACCCCGCCACAGCCGCUCUCGCUCCCGUUCUUAAAACCUUGCCGUCAUAAAUAUGUUGCCCCUCUGAUAUGUUCCCUCAUGUUUUUACCUCUGACUUUCUCCAGAUGUCUAUUGGUUUUUAUUUUUUCGCUUUUCUUGUCCUGGUGUCCCUGUGAACGAUCUUGGUAUGUAGAUGUAACCUUAACCUCCCUUCUCCCUUUCUUAACUUUCCCCUUUCCUCUCCCUCCUCCUUUCCCUUCCGUUUUCUUUCAUUCUCUCCCCUUCUUGUCAUCUCAGAUUUUGAACAUUACGAGUUGUGCUGUGGUGAACUUCAAAAAUGUUGAGUUGUAAGAUUCGCACUCAGUGUUUUUGCAAGUCUGAAGUUUCCGUUUUCUUUUCUUUUUUAUUUCAAUAUCCUAUCUUUGGAUAUAUGUGGGGUGGGUUGUUUUUUGGUUGGAAGCCAGAUGCUUAACUGUAUUUUACCCUUGUGUCUUCCUUUAGACAUCUGAGGAGAAGGAUUAAAGUGAUUUGGAAUAAAACCAUUGUGGAGCACAUUUCAUUUGUAUGGUCAGGAUACAAAUAGGACAUCUAGGAGGAGGAUAGGACAUCUAGGAGCAAUCAGGUCGAGGCAAUGGUAUGCUUCAUAUUCCAUAAACAACAUUUUGACAGGUUUUUAUAUCGUGCAUGUUAUUUAACAGAUUUUGGUGCUGUACUUUAAGACAGUCUGUAACAUGCUACUCUGGUUUCUGACAGAAUAAGCAGUCCUAAAUCAAGUGUUGAGAUGUAAGUGUAAUCCUUGCUGUUGAAAAAAAACAAAAAAAAACUGAACUGCUUUUUACAAAAGCAUCCCAGUUUUAAGCAUCCUCAUUGGUUAAAAAUGCUUUUUAAGUCAGGAAUUGGUUUCUUUUUUUUUCAUUUGAGUGUUCAGUGGAAAAAAAAAAUAGGCCCAAAACUCUUGACAUUUUAUUCUAACAGUCUGCCUCUGAUUUUCUUCCUGGUAUUUCAAGGUUUUGAUUGGAGGAGUGGCUCAAUGGAUCCCAAUCCUUGGAGCUGGAUGAGUGGAUCGAUUAGGAAAGGGAUAGACAAAGAUGGAUGCCCGGGAACGGGAGCAGAUUUUCGAGGAUUCAAAUUUAUCAGAACUAAAAUAAUGGGAGUCCCAGAGCACCUUUUUUUUUUUUUUCUUCUUUUUUGGCCCUUUUGGUUUAGGCCCCAAUGGCUUUAUUAUAGAAGAAAACCAGAGGACCAGGAAGUUGGAUCAAAGGAUGGAGUCGUAGAUGUCCGGUAUGAGGGAAUUUUGAAAAAAUAUAUGGGAGGUUGGGAAGGGGGUUAAAUUCUGGGAAUAAUUUGUAAUUUUUGCUUUGCUUGAACUUUUAGCAUUUUCAAUAAACACACUUUCAAACAGUCA